GUCUAUAAAAUUGCUAAAAAUCAAGUUUUCACGCGUUAUUUCAGCAACAAUAAUACUAAAUACAAAAGCCAUAAUAUAAAAUUCUGAGAGUGUUUAUAAAAUAUUGGAAACGACGCAAGUUAGAAGUGAAUGGAAAAGUGAGCUCAGCGUGUAUAAAUAGUGUGUUCAUAAAAAAAUGAGAAUCGCGACGCGACGUGCAAAAAAAUUUCUUAUAUUCACAUUUUAAGCAGAGGAAAUAUUUCGUGUGUCGUUAAAGAAAUACGCAAUUGUGUGAAAUAGCAUCGCGUGGUUAUUUUGUUUUAUAUCUUAAAGAUACUGCAACGAAACCAAUGCGCAAAAAUAUACAAAAAUAAAACAAAAAUUGUAUAAGCGCUGCGACGACUGUCCGUCCGACGUCUAUGCUCUGUGCUGGUCGAGGAAGAGCCAAAACAGGGCAAGAGGGGUGUUGGUUGUUCUUGUUCAGAAAAAAACGCGCGGCCGCCGCUCCGCUGGGCGCUCCAUUGCCGUGUCUCGCUCAGUUGUGCAGCGAGCGUCCGUGCCGUCGGUUGUGGUGGUUUCUCUCUCUCUUGCUCCGUCUGCCGUUGUUGUUUUGCGCGCGUAAAUAUUUUUGUUGCGUGUCCGCCCCGGCAGCUGCCGAAACGAGCAGAAAGCAACAAACUAUCAAAUAUCAAACGAAUAAUCACCGACGAACAACUGUGAAACGGUAAACACAACGUCGGAGAACGGCAUGCAAAGCUCAUAAAUGCUUAAAGAUGAUGGAAACUUUGGAUCAACAACAAACCGCAAACAGUACGCUUAACAUUGAGUCCCAUUCGGGCCACUUGGAAUCGUCAUCGACACCAAGCGAAGAGGAUGACUUCGAGGAUAAUAACGAUGCGUUCGGUCUGGAAGCGAAGAAAAAAAGUGAAGCGUUCCAUCAUCCGCAGGUGAUAUUGAAAAAGGUUGCAGUGGAGCAUCGUGAAAAUCUGAAAGAUCGCAUUGAUGAAUCGCCGGUAGAAAAUGGAGGUUCUACACAACAUCUUUCAACAGAAUCAGAGUCAGAGCCGCAUGGGUCUAAGAAAGACCCUGCAGACAGUUCCGACGACACAUCAUCGCAUCCGCCUUCCAUUAACAGUGUGAAAAUCGAGUGCACGAGUGAUGAAAAGAAGGUAUUUGCCAAUCAAGUCGAUGACAAACCGUCCGCGUCACCUGAACCAGCCUUACACAAUGAUGUCAGUUCCGAUGGCAAUAAACCAGAAGUUGACAUUAAAUUGGAAGGAAGCAGCUCACCACAUAUUAAUAACUGCAAUAAUGAUGUUGACUCGUCCUCACUAGAUGUCAAAAUUGUGGAAGAUUAUGAAUCAAGUGAAGAUGAACGGGACGAUAAUAUUCCGAUUUGUUCGCCUGCCCUGAAAUCCAGUGAAGAGACUUGUUCCCAGGAUGAGGAAAAAGUCAUUAAAGUGGAACCUUCUGACGAUGUCAAAAUGGAAGAAAAUAGUACUUUAGCAGAGAUGAAAACAGACGAUGAAGAUGUUUCUUCUUCUGUGAUUCCUACUAUUGAGGAAGCUGAGCUUGUCGAUUCACAGGAUGAGGAAACUUCUUUAGCACCCAUCAAAACAAUUGACACAAGAUCAGAUUUAACUUCGAGUACAAAAGGAUUAGACGGAAACCCAUCAUUAUCUUUAAAGACAAUGACGGAAAUUAAAUCCGAAGAGUAUAUUAAUUCGGAAGAAGACGAGGAACCUCUUGGAGCAGUUGCUUCUCCAGCCCCAGAGCCCAAAAUCGACGAAAGUGAAGCAGCUUCAUCUACAGAUGCAACAAUGUUACAUAAACCAGACAUAUUACCCGUAGCGGAGGAAACUAGAACGCCAGUUUAUAAGAUCGAUGAUCUUUCCCCUGCUAGUAUACCAGAUGACGAUGAAUCCAUAGAGGACUUUAAUACUGAAAUGAAAGUAGAUAACGGUAAUUUAACGCCGGCAAGAGUCGAAGAUCAGCCAUCUGUGGAGAUCAUUAAAAUUGAGUCUGAUUCAGAUGAAGAACUCGCGAACGAAGAGGGUCUCAUCGCCUGCAAAGAUGCAUCGAGCGAGCAAUGCAAUAACUUGGAAGUGCUACCAAUGGAGACAUCUGUCAAAAUCAAAAUAAACGGUGCUCAUACACCACUUCUGGUACCACCAGAUACUAGAGGGACACAAGAGAAGGACUGUAUGGAUCAGCAGCACAUAAAAGAGGAGAUGGAAACAGAGGAAAGUGAGGCUGUGAUAGCAAGCAACGCUGCCAGUGAAGUUGAGCAAGUGCAAGAGCAGCAGGCAGAGCAGGAGAUGGAAAUUGAGUCGCAGACAGAGCAAAACAACUAUGCGAGAAGUAGUCGAAGCAGCUCUGUCAGCUCAACUUCACAGCAACUGGUCAUAGAUCACCCGGAAAGUGAACACAAUACCAAGCACCAGCUGAAAAAGCAACAAUUACAAACAGAGGUGGAGCAGCCACAACAGCAAGUUGACAACACUGAGGUGCGUGAGGUGGAACACCAACAGCAAGAUCAGCAAUCGUUUCAUGCAACAAAGCGCAGGCGCAGCGACAGCAUCAACGAAAGUUGCAGCAAGCAGCAGCGCAUCGAGGCGGGAGAAUCAUCGCUCUUGAUGCAACGUUUGCAGGCGCCAACGCAAAACAGCCACGAAUUGGGCAAGUUGCUGAGUUGUUACAAGUGCAAUGCGAAUAGUUUUGAUAACUUACAGCAACUCAAUGCGCACUAUGCGCUCUGCGGCCAACCAAAGGAAGCUACAGUUGGCGUGGAAGACUCUGCCGCAUCGUUAGCACACGAAAGUGUCGCUCAAUCAGGCACAAUCGAGGCAGUUCCAGAGUCGGCAGCUACUCAACCUAGAAUAACGAAGGAACGAUUCUUUCGCUGCGUUCGCUGUAGCACGGUACAUCAAUCCUGGAACUUUUUUCUGCACAUGCGGGUCGUGCAUAAUCGUUACAUUUGCUUAUACUGCUCGCAUGUGUUUGCGAGCGUUGAGAAGCUAUCGCUGCAUCUAGAAAAUAAACACGAUAUGGAUCAGCGACACUUCAACACUGUCGAUGCUUGGCAAACUUUGCAAACUCAGCAGGAUCGAGUCCGGUAUCUUGUGUGCUGCAAUUGUCAGGCUACUUUUGAAAAUGGCAGCGAGUUUGAUAAUCAUGACUGCGCUGAGCUAAUGCAGCCAUGUGGAUUGUGUGGCCAAAAGGGUGGACACAUUAAUGGCUGUCGGAAUGGGCGUACUGCCACAAGUACAAGAAAGAAGACAGCGGUGCGACGCAAGCGUAAACCCGCGAGAAGUAAACAACAGACAACACACUUGGAUGAGCAGAUAAAUGCAAAACAGUUGGAGGAGAUGCCUAACUGGAUGGACUCGGAGACGGCGAUGUCACAAGAGUUGCCACAGCUUGCAGCAUCACACGAAAACAACAUUCCAGCACCCAGCGAAGAAGCGCCAAUGGAAGAGGCACUGCCCAAGCUGGUGGUGCCGAAAAUAAUGCUGCGCGUGCCCAAAGAGUUUCAAAAAUCGGUGGAUGCUGCGCUUAGCAGCACGGACACUGAAGAUGAGGACAACGAUGAGAUGCCUUCGACAGCAGCGGAUUGCAGUCGCAGUCCAGCGUCUCUGCUUACAGUGGAUGCCGUAAACCAACGGCAAGAGCUACUGCAGUUGCCCGUAUCGAAUUUGUCCGAGGACACGGAAACGGCCACUGAAACGGCAUCCAUGUUCCACGAAGCCACUCACACUCCUGCCAAUAUUUCAGUUGAUUUAGAUGAUGAUGAUUCGCAUACGGCAAAACUGACACAAGCGUUGGCCGAAUUUGAGCGCACAAAGUUGGAUAUACAGCGCGCCAGAGCUGAUAUAAUGGCGAAAAAGGAGCAACACCUUCAGAUGCGACAGCUGGGACAACAGGGAGAGGUGCAUCAUCAUCAGGAACAGGAACAGCAGCAGCGCCGUUGGUCACCAACACCACCAGCAUCUCCGCAUAACAAUCACAUCAACAAUGAAACUCAUGUGCCAAGAGAGCAGGAAGAGCUGCCAGCUAUGGAUUGCCCAGUAUUGCCCUCGGAAGUGAAUCCUGAGCCAGAAUUACCAGCAACUGCAACUCCAGCUCCAAUACAGCAUCGUCGCGAUACGCAAGGAAGCGAAUGUAUGGAUAUCGAUGAUAGUUUGACGGAGGAGCAGCAUCCGCAACCUAAUCAAAUCUAUGUGGAAGCUAUGCCCCCACUGGCACCGCCUCCACCUGCAGAUGGCAUUCAAGUCGCUGGCGUAGACACAUAUACCGUCGAUUUGCAACUGGAUCGCCCGCUGGAUAAGUUCGAGUUAGUCGACUUUGUUCGUCUUUGUCUAAGGGCUGUUUAUCCAAGCUGUUUGUAUUGCAACCAUGCGCGUCGGAUUGCUGUAAAUGCCAAGCAAUUGGUGUUGCAUUUGAUUGCCCAGCAUCGUUUCACAGCCACUGUGGAUAGCAUAACAGCCGAGGAGCUGCACGCUGAGACUAUAGUGGCCAGAUUGAAGAGCUACCUGCCUGCGCUGGAAGGUGAUCAAUAUUUGAAUUCCGCCAGCUGCUGCAGUUUGGAGGAUGGGCGCUUCACACAUCCAUUCAAUGAGCGAAUCUACGAGUGCUUCCAGUGCCGUUUUGUGACGGCCACACAUAAGGAACUGUAUACGCACAAUCGGCGGUUGCAUACCAAGAUGAACAUCACGUGUGCCAUGUGUAAUUUGAACUACUUCAGCUAUAGCGAGUUGCUUUGUCACAUUUGUCCAGGCGAAACAUCGAGUCAUAUUUAUAAUGUGCAGUUUCGUUGCUGUUUUUGUGAGACGAUGCCACUGCCGUCGGCUUUUCGAUUAAUGGUGCAUCUGCGGAAGCAACAUCAAACCUGUGAUAUCUGCCUGGAGGAUUGCAACUCGCAGGCCAAGUUAUCGGCUCAUGUUUGGAAGCACAAAGUGAUGCAUGUGUGCUAUCGGUGUGGCAUCGCCUAUCGCAGCAAACAAGACAUUUCAAAGCAUUUGUUUUGGAAGCAUGGCACCGAAAGCGUCAAUUGUAAGCGUUGUUUACAGAAACGCUGGCAUCAUAUCUACCACUUUUGCGUUCCAGCGACACAGUUUACAUGCGAACAGUGCCAAUACAGUUUCAGUAAAGCAAUAUAUCUAGAGGUGCACAAGCGUCAGCACGAAGGCGACUUUCGAUAUGCCUGCAAUGAGGAGGAAUGCGAGGAGAAAUUCGUGUCCCGUAAGUUAUUAUUGAAACAUGCGGCGCAGCAUGAAGUCAAGGAGUUGCCUACCGACGAAACGCUUGCAGUAGAAGGAGCACAGCUGCCACUCGAGGAAGAGAAACGCCCAGAUGCUCAGCACUUAGAGAAGAAUGAACAUGCAGAAGACAUCAAAUCGGAACCGGAACAAGCCAAAUCACCCAAGGCUGAGACAGCUGAUCAAAUAGAUGGUGAUGCGUCUCAGAAACAGGCAAUUGGAGAGAAGUCACCAAAGGCUGAAGACCAAGAACAACCACGAAAACGACGCAAAAAGUCCAAGCGGAACAAAGCAUCGCUGGAGGAUCUGAAUUUAAUAGCUCCAAAUUUAUCCGAAUCGGAUAGCAGCGAUGACAGUGAUUCAGAUGCAGCUCGUAGUGUCGGAGCUCAGCCCGAAAUGUCAUCACAUGGGACACUUCCAAUGCGUGUGCCUGCCUCUGUCGAUGAUUUGGACAUGCCUAAGGUUAUGUUAUCUCCAUCAUCCGAAAGCGACAAUGAGGAGGAUAAAUCCGACAAAAAGGAAUUUAUAAAGCAGCCAUCUACAGAAAAAGAAGCGGACCAGGAGAACCCAUCAGAGUUGCCUAAGCAGGAAAUCAAUUUGGAAACUGACAACGACGAGCAAAAAGCCAAACUGGAGAUGAGCUCAGAGUCGACGGCAGAAGAAGUGGCAGACAUAUGGAAGAAUCUGUUGCAGCAUCAGCCAUCAGUUGCUAAAAUGGAGACGGACGCUGUGGCUGUGGAGACAGAGCCUAGGGAAGAUCAACAGCGUCCUACCAAACUGCAUGUAGUCUACUCUGAUCAUGAUUAUUGUAAAAUGCAAAGAACGCCGCCUCCAACACCUGCUCACAGCACCAAAAAGGCGCAGUCUACGCCGAAUAAGGUGAAGCGUGGCAAUGCUUCCAGUGACAGCGACAGCUCGAGCAGCUCCAGUUCGUCGGACUCUGAUAGCUCUUCAUGUUCGUGUGGCUCAAAUUGUAGCUGUAGCUCCAGUGGCAGCAGCUCUAGUGACGAUGACUCUGACAAUGAAUCAAAUAGCUCAGUAAACGCAAAGAAAGCGCAAAAGAAAAACAUUGAAUUGCCAGAAUCUAAGAGCACCGAGGAGUUUGUAAAUGUGACCAGCGUUAAUGAGGAGGAGCCGCGCCCAGAGACGCCCAAGCCAAGUGUGCCACUCUACCAUGAAUCGGACUUUGAUUCGGCUGUCUCCGAUACUGAUGAGGAAUUCUACGAUGCCCAUCCCCAGAAAACAGCAACUGAGUUGCUAGCACAGAAGCGACAAGCAUUGAUCCAAGAGCAAGCUAAUGAGCAUGUGCCCAAUGAACGCAGUAACUUCGACAUAGUGGAGAACAGUCGCCCUUCGACGCCAUCCUUGCCAGAAGAUGCAGCCGCUUUUGCGGAAAGGCGCGAGCGUGUAAGCAAAAAUAAGAAAAAGAAACGCGAACGCAAAUCCACAUGUAAAUCAACUAUGAAGUUCGCAUUUACACCAACAACAGAAUUAAUUCCACCCCAACAACAACACUUCUUGCCGCAAGUCUCAUCAGAAUUGGUCCAUGGCGGAUACAUUGACAAGCCAGUUGCCGCAAUUGUAGCUGCUACAGCUGCUGCUAGUUCUGCACCGACACAAUACCAACUGCAAAACCAUCAACAAUUGUUGACCGACCCCAUGACACCGCUGACGCAUCGUCCUGCCUGGCAGCCACGAAUGAGUGGCGGCAGCAGCUGCUCAGAUGCCGAUGGGCAGCUUAAGCGCUCGAAGCGCACGAGGCGCCCCAAUAAAUUCUAUGGCUAUACCAGCGAUGAUGAGAUGAUGAGCAGCGUGUUGGCGCCACCCUUGCAGGUGGGCAUGCAGUUGAUAAAGCCCCAGCCGCCGCCGCAGCUCACAUGGGCCAAGGAGGAUUUGCCGACGCCACCUAAACAGCAACGAAGUCGGAACAAUCACAGUGAACAGCAUUCGCAUCAUCAGCAUUCGCACAGCAAUGGAAACACGACGCGUAAGCGCAAUAAACGGCCCCCGCAGAGCGGAGGCUCUGGCAGUGCCAGGCGUUCGGCCAAACGUGUCAAGACGCAGCUGGUAGCUGAGCAACAAGAACAUCAUCAUCAGCAGGCCAUGCCACCUAUACCCACACUUAAAAUUCGACCUGCUCUGUUGCCAGUCAGUGUUGCAGCCAGCGAUAGUAGCGAUAGCAGCUCGGAUGAUGAGAAUGCUGAAAUUAAUGUGACCAGCCUGUUGCCACACCCAGCGCCAAUAGUGCCGACUAUGGCCCCAAUAGCGGCGCAACCUUUUGUGCCAGCGGUACCAUUGCCAGUAGCGCCACCGCCUCCGCCACCUGCAACCACAGCCUUCAAUCAACCCAUACCGCCGGCUCUGUUGCCGAAUCCAGAUUUUGCUACGCUGCAAUAUUUCAAGGCGAAUAAUAUUCGCUAUCCCAUUAGGCCACCGGCGGGUGCUCGACUGGCCAGAGAAGGUGAAUCCGUAUAUUGUUAUUGCCGCUGUCCCUACGAUGAAGUAUCCGAGAUGAUUGCCUGUGAUGGUAGCAACUGUCUUAUCGAGUGGUUUCACUUUGAAUGCGUGGGCAUUAUGGUGGCCCCACAGGGCAAAUGGUUCUGUGCCGAGUGUCGUCCGAAAUACACUGAGGGUCUGUAUCCCGCUGUCAGGGGAAAGUGAAACUCAAAUUAUACAAACUGUAUAUAGUUCUAUAUAUUAGUAUGUAGAAUAUUAAAGUUCACUCUUAAUAAUUAGCAUACCUAUAUUUAAAUCCGCACGAAUGUGAAAAUUAACAUAACAAACUCCCAACUAUAAAAUGGAUUACGCUUAUUAAAUGUUAAAUAUUCGACGUCUAAAAAUCUUCGAAUCAACAUCAAAACAAUUUAUAAUAAAAAUUGAUAGGAAUAAAAAUGUGAAAAUUUUGAUUUAAAUCGUAAAUCCAGGCUCAAUGGUGUCAACCAAUGACUUGGCUGCGGAAUAAUCUAAGAAAACGUUUAAUAAAUAUCAUUAAAAAAAAUACAAACUAUACUUAUAUACACACUAAAACAGUAUAUAUAAAUAUAUAAAUUUUUCUGUAAAUAUGUGAGAACUGUAUAUCGAAAUUACAUACUUAUAAAACCACUUGUAAAAUACUUAGUUCGUGGCAAGAUAUAUAUAAACCUUUAGAUUUAACUAUUCCCCAGCAUCAGUAGUUAUAAAUAUUAUUAUAUAAUGUAAUGACUAUCUUUAGCUAUAUUACAAACAAAAAACCAACAAAAAAAUACAAGCUGCAAAUGCGAAGGAGAUGCAAAAAAUAAACAUUCAUCAAUAAGAGAA